AUGGCCUCGGCUGGCAAGGAGCCUGAGGACUCCCGCUCGCCUUACCAGGGCUCGAUGCGGAGGAUGGUGCGGGACGGUUAUGGGCACUAUCUAUACCAAAAUACUUUCUUUCGAUAUGAAGGAGAAUGGAAAGAUGGGAAGAAACAUGGAAACACUUAUUCUGGGCAGUUUGUUUUAGGAGAACUUCAAGGGCACGGAAUAAUGAAGUACAAAGAUGGUGGAAAAUAUGAAGGGGAAUUUUCCCACGGAGUGAGAGAAGGGCAUGGGUCCCUGAUUGAUAAAAAUGGACAAGUUUACAAAGGCUCGUUUCAUGAAAAUAAAAAGCAUGGUGUGGGACAGAUGACCUUCAACAAUGGCGAUAAAUAUGAAGGAGACUGGAUUCUGGACCAGCGACAGGGGCACGGGGUGCUGCACUCCGCGGACGGGUCGACUUACAAGGGACAGUGGCGGAAUGGUGUAUUCAAUGGCCAAGGCCUCAUGAUUCAUUGCUCUGGCACCAUCUACGAUGGCCUGUGGAUCAAUGGCUAUCCUGCAACACAAGCCUCAAAGAUUGUGAUUUUGGGUCCAAAAGUGAUUAAGGUGGUGCAGGGCUCUUCGAUCACCUUGAGCGUUCAACUCCAGACUGAUGAUGGGGAAAUUGUCGAAAGUGAGAGUGGCCGAGCUUUAAAGGUCCAGGCUGGAGUCCGAUACGUGCAGCUGCCGGCUUUCUCGAAUUUCGGUUUUUUCAAGAUGACUGGAGAUGCUGAGGUGAAACCGAUCCAAACUCCCUUUGGAUUUGAGUGCAUUGACUAUCCUUUGACUCCCGCUGUGUCUGGAAGCCCAGAGAAGGAUGCUUCCAGAUCUGAAUGUCCUGAAGAUGCACCAUGUUUCCCAAAGGAAGAUUUAGAACCAGAAUCCCUAUUGGAAUCCCUCUUGUAUCGUGAAAGAGCUGACUCUGAUGACCUGGAGGAAGAACCUCAUCUGACCUCAAGCUUGAGAAACCAGACUUUUUCUUCUCCACAUUAUCAACAAGUCAAUCAUGGCUGUGCUGAAUUUCGUAACAUCUCUCUUGCAGCUCCUCCCCCAGAAUACUAUCCCAUCAUGUUCUUGGGUAGCCUCCCCAACAAGAAAGAAGACAAGCAGCCGCAUGACAUCCGAUGUUCUGAGAAGACAGGGAAAUCAAAGAAAAAGAUUCCACAACGCAGGAAUAAAUCGCCAACCUGUCAGAAAGAGCACUGCAUAAACCAUCCCCCGUCAUCUUCAGAUACCUUCACGGCAUAUCCAGGUGAAUACAUCAUCAUGGUACAAGAAAUAACUACGCCACCCUUCCUGGGCAAGAUGCUCCCCACAGCCUUUGUGCACCUCAAAGUUUUGCCAAGGAAAAAGCAGCAAUCUCUGAGGGACUCCUAGAGAAGUCCCACACCCCCUUUUGGGUAGGACCUGCCGGGCCAGAGGAGGUGAUGCUUCUUCCUUUUCCAUUGAGCCCCUUCUGCUGGGUCAGGUCUUUCCACCUUGAUUAAGAGAUGCUCUGGGGUACUCACCCCAGUAUCUGGUGCCCUCGUUCUGCCCCGGAGUCGAUGACUCCUGUUCCUCCCACCCCAUCCUCAUUAGAAUCUGAUGUGAAAGGAAGCACUGUAUUUCUAACAAAUUCCCUGAUAGAUCCUUGAUAAGGAAGGGCCCAGCAUAUCCCUCUGCUCUGCUAUUUAGGGAGCAACAAAUCCACCUGUGCUUGGGUUUCAUUGAGUCUCCAAAAAACCCUUUUCUGACAUGCUUACAAUUUUGAUCUUCCUUCCCAAAUCUGCUGGGAUUUCAGGGUGUCACUCUUAUUGGCAGCAGACCCAGUGUCACUGACGGAUCAUCCCCAGCAGACAUCCUGCCCUCUUCCAACAAUGGGCUGCCUCCAUGGUUGAGUCACACAUCUCACCCCCUCCAGCUUCAGGCAGCCUCUGACAUCAGUCUGGGCCAAAUGUCUCCACUCAGCUGCCUGUCCUCCACAGAUCUGCCCCCACUUGGGCCUGGGGUCCCAACAGAAGGGUGAAAUCACAGGACAGAAUUCUUUUGAAGCAGGAAAUCCUCAGGAGUUCAUAAAGCAUGUGGGAAGUUGUGUGUACCAAUGAAUUCCUAUUUCCCAGGCAGUUUGCUAUGCAAACAAAAAAACAGGGGCCAGGUACAUUGUAUGUGCCAUGCUGGACAAGAAAGUGUUCACUUUUCUUGUUGUCCUUUCCACUGUCUCAUUUCUAAACCCUCAAUGUGUUGGGAUGCAGUGGCUGGUACCUGAGUCAGAGAACUGCUCCCUGGGCUGGGGAAGCUAGGAAAUGUUCCCCACUGUCAGAGACCCAUGCUGGAGACUCUCUAAGCAGGCCCGACACUUAAAAAAAUUAUAGUAAGUUUUAAUGAUGCCUUUAUUUUCCACAUCGAUGUCAUUUCUAUAUAAGCUAUAUAUUUCUAUCAUCUCCAUCCACCUCCCAACCCAGGAAUGAGUGCUCCUCUGUAACAAAGAAAAACAAUGACUCCAAACCCACCAAUUUCUGCCUCUGAUAGAGUAUCCAACAUUCUGCCCCCAGCCCCUCUACCAAAAAGCAGAAGCAUCUCUCCUAGAACCAAGAAACCUCACUCAGUUCGUACUCAUCUUUCUUCCUCGCUUCUCGGAGUUUCCCCUGUCUGUCAUUUCUUCUGGCACAAUAAUAUUCCACGAUGUUCAUGGGCCAGUUUGUUCAUCCAUCUUCCAAUCAAUGGGAAUCCACUUUGUUUCAAGUUUAUCUGUUGGUUUGGGUUUUUGCUACCACAAAAAGGGCUUCUAGGAAUGCUUUGGUAUGUAUGGGAUCUUUCUUUGUGUCUCUGGUCUCCUCUAGAGGUGUGGGGUCACUGGGUCAAAGGGUAUGCUAACAGCGUAGUCAGAAUAAGCCAGGUCCAAUUCUCUAGUGACACCCUUGGGGUCCCAGGUGACUGUUCACCACUGGAUGGGUGAGUCACAGACAAUGUGUUGUCUGGGUCCUGGCACAUGGAGCCAACCCAAGCCAUGCUCCAGGUGGUUUCACUGGGCAAUGCUAUGGGUACCCGAGGCAUUUCUGGGCCAAUCUUCACUGAUUGGCCUCUAUUCUCACUAAUGAAACAUCCCCUAAUAAUAUUCAAGCCCAGAGCAAGAAAACAUUUCCCCCCCAUAAUGUGUUCCCUUCGAGACAAGGAAACACACCCAAUUCACACUCGUUGGUAGUGGGGAAAGUCAUAACCCAGUCGAUAACAGUGGAAAG